AUGGCUGAAUCGCUCGCGGCGCUCGGCGUCGCGUCCAACAUCGUCCAGUUCGUCGAGCUUGGCUUCAACAUCACAAAGGCCGUGAUUGAGACAUACCGAAGUACCGAUAUUAAUGGCCUGGCGGAGCGCAAUGUCGACCUGGUCGCCAUGACUACCAGCCUCAAAGAUCGGUGCACUCUCCUCCAGGAUGACGCUGCGGCGAAAGCUGACCCGAUCACCAUGGGCCUCCUGAAACGAUGUAUCAAAGUCGCAAAUGAGCUACUUUUCGAGCUUGAAGGGCUCAAGAUGAGCGCUGCCGACCGUCACCGGAGCUUGGCGAAGUUCAUAGUGUCUGUCAAGGCAUAUUGGAAGAAGAGCAAGAUUGAAGACCUUGCGGCCAGAAUCGUGGACAUAAGGAAGGAGAUCUUUCGGAGAUUGGAGCCUUUGAUACAUGAUCACCGCAAAUCGCUUUCGGAAGCCAUGCGCUCACUGGGCGAGGCAUCGACCGCUUGGAAUAACGCCACCGAGAAAAGACUAGACUCUAUUGCCCGAGACCUUGAAAGGCUUCUAGACAGCAAUUCAGUGGGGACGUCGUCAAAGGAUUUUGGGGCGUUUGCAAACCAGCUCUCCAAGUUUGCGGACGAGGCAAAGCAUCGCGGCAAUAUAAGGACAAUCCUUAAAAGUCUUCACUUUGCGCAGAUUAAAGAGAGGCAAAACGAGAUUCCCCAGGCUCAUCGCAACACGUUUCAGUGGAUAUUCGACGAAUCAUCGUCUACUGGCUUUGCGUCAUGGUUCCAAUGUCCCAGCGAAGGCGUUUUCUGGAUAACGGGGAAACCUGGAUCUGGAAAAUCCACCCUGAUGAAAUUCAUUCUGGGUCAUCAGACAACCAAAGAUCUGGCCGAGGCGUGGGCCGGUUCAAAGCCCUUUAUCCUCGUCAGUCACUUCUUUUGGAGUGUUGGUAACAAGAUUCAAAAGUCACAGGAGGGUCUUCUCCGGACCCUCUUGUUCCAGAUCAUGGUUCAAUGCCCAGAACUCAUCCCGGAAGUUUGCGGGGAGAGGUACUCAGAUCCCUUCAGAUCCCUCGAGUCCUGGAGUAUUGAAGAGCUCUCCGAAAUAUUUGAGAGAAUUCAGCACAUCCGGGGGCUACCAAAACGAGUUUUGCUUCUCGUUGACGGCCUUGAUGAGUACAGCGGCGAGCCAAGGGAGCUCACAAUAUUCUUGGGCGCCAUUGCGAAAUCACCAGACAUCAAAGGGUCGUUGGACGUUUGA